CCGAGCAGGCUCCGGCAGGCAGGAGGAGGGAGUAGGCGAGCGGGAGGCGGCGCGUCCGGCCUCCUGCCCCUUGCCCUACUGAGCAGUCACCUCCCAGAGCAGAGUGAAACCAGCCGUGCAGACCUGGGCCAUGCUGAAGGCAGGACUACUGCUAGGCGUCUCUGGUCGAGUUUGGAAAUCUGUGAGGAUGGUCAGCUCGGGGGUGACCCGCCGGAACCCGCUUGAGAAUAAGGUGGCCCUCGUAACGGCUUCCACCGAAGGGAUUGGCCUAGCCAUUGCCCGGCGCCUGGCCCAGGAUGGGGCCCAUGUGGUUAUCAGCAGCCGGAAGCAGCAGAACGUGGACAAGGCUGUGAACAUGCUGCAGGGGGAGGGGCUGAGCGUGACUGGCACCGUGUGCCAUGUGGGGAAGGCCGAGGACCGGGAGCGGUUGGUGGCUAUGGCUGUGAAACUUCAUGGGGGUAUUGAUAUUCUGGUCUCCAAUGCUGCUGUCAACCCUUUCUUUGGAAGCCUGAUGGAUGCCACUGAGGAAGUGUGGGACAAGGUUCUGGAUGUUAAUGUGAAGGCUACAGCCCUGAUGACAAAGGCAGUGGUGCCAGAGAUGGAGAAGCGAGGAAGUGGCUCAGUGGUGAUUGUGGCUUCCAUAGGAGCUUUCACUCCGUUUCCUGGCCUGGGUCCUUAUAAUGUUAGUAAAACAGCCUUGUUGGGCCUUACCAAGAACCUGGCCUUAGAGCUGGCCCCAAAGAAUAUUAGAGUGAAUUGCCUGGCACCUGGACUCAUCAGGACCAAUUUCAGCAGUGUGUUGUGGAAAGACAAGGAAAGAGAGGACAGAAUGAAAGAAUUCAUGCAUAUCAGAAGAUUAGGCAAGCCUGAGGACUGUGCAGGCAUCGUGUCUUUCUUGUGUUCGGAGGACGCUAGUUAUAUCUCUGGGGAGACAGUGGUAGUUGGAGGAGGAACCCCAUCCCGCCUCUGAGGAACAGAAGGCAGCCCACUAGGCAGAGGUCCAGCCUUGCCUGCUGUCAAGAUGUGGUCUGAUGAGGAUUCCCACUGUUGCUGUGGUGUGGAUAAGGCUUGCCGGGAAAACACUGUGAACCUGAGAAGGCUGUGUCUACCUUGACAAAGACCAACAAGUAUUCCCCACCACCACUCCCCACCCUAUCCCGGGAAUUUGAAGGUGGGGGGGGGAAGGAACCUGGAGUGGAAGGAGCAGGGCUGGAAAUUAACAACUUGCAAAUGAGGUGCAAAUAAAAUGCAUAUGAUCGCGUUGCUCUGAA